GUUCAGUCGACGUGUUUUUUUAUGUUGUUGGUAUGAGUUUUUUUUGUGCUUGCUCUUCUCAGUCUGAAACGAGACACUCUUCAGUAGUGACGUGCCUUCUCCAUCGCCUAGUAGUAGUGGCCCCGAGUUGAGUACUCGUUGUAACUUAUUCAAAAACCGACAUCAUCCGUACCAAACCGUACCGCCAUCGUAUUUACUACUAUGGCUGAAUGCUGCUGAUUCGCCGGUGCUUGUCAUUAAUUUAAAAGACAGAGCAAAAAAAAAACUAAAACUUUAAAUGACAGUUUCGAACAGUUCGUUCGUCGCGUUGUGUCGUUAGUGAUCUCAAGGAGCGGAAGUAGCGGAAGAUAUUGAUGAGCUGAUAGAGUGCAUCCACACGCGAUUGGUGUGCUGAAUACGAAAUUUGGAACUGAAUUGUUUUCAAGGGGUUUGAGCAGCACGCGAAAAAAAACGGAAAUGUGAUAGUUGCCAGAACGGCUAAAUCCGUUGGUGAUCUGAUAUGCUGAUACCUCUGGUGGAAUGAUGGUCGCAGUGUGAAGUGUGAGUCAUUGUGAUAACGAAAAGGAAAACGGGAAAAAGUGUCCUUAUUUUCUACAUUCAAAAGCGUUGUCGAUACGCUUUGUUGACACCCGUAGGCUAGGCCGGAUACGGAAAGAACGAUGCCUCUGGGAGAAAUAGUCUAACUAAUAGCCGCGAACGGAUACACGACUGAUAAGUUAUUAGCAACAGAGGUGACGGCAACGGCUACGACAGGCGAUGUGAUGAUAACUUGAAGUAUCCAUCACCAUCAUUCACCUGUUCUGGGCUACCUCGUGUCUCCGGAUGGCCUCGAUCUCCAACUUCCUCCAAGCAAGUUUGACAGCGCGGAUACAAAUCAUGAUCAUAUUCCUAUACCUGAUACUAGUCCUCGCCUGGGCUCUACUGAUAAUCGUCCUAAAAUGUAAGAAAGCACGCGCAAAACGACUCGCCGAGAUGGAAGAAGCGGCCCAGCAGGUUCACGUGGUACAGAUCGGAUCCAAUCUGUAUGACAUCAUGUCAAUCCAGCAACACCACCUGCACCGAUCCCCGUACGGCACAAUGUACGAUUGUUUGGGCACAUCGGACCAUCCGACGGGCGGAAAUGGCCACGGCCGAGCUCUCACAACGUCCGUCACACAUUCAAACGCAGCCUUCGUGGGUGACGACGGGAGCAUCUAUCCCGGCAGCCACAUAUCACCACUCGAGCCACCGCCAUCCUACGAAGAGGUGAUACGAUUACCGGCGCACUACCCCAAGGUGGAAACGUUUGUACCGGAGAUGGUGGUUCCACCGCAGCCUCCGCCACCGGUCGAGGGUCAGCCGCCAAACGCCGAUGGGAGUGCGAACGGAUCCACUCCGACGACCGGACCGACCGCCCCUGCUCAUAGCGAAGGUAGAGGCAAAACCGUCAUCUCCACAGUGAGCUAAAGACGUGCAUCCUAGUCCUUUGAACGGAAAUGUUAUCUUUUAGGGAUAUAGAGACUAUUAUUUAUAUGUACAUUUAUAUCAAUGUUUCACUUGGUAGGUUAAACAUAAUUUCGUUCGAGAUUCGACUGAACUGGGCUGGCAGAUGUGUGAUAAUUUGAACAAAGUUGACACGUUGGACAGAAUAAUAGUUUGCGAGAGCUGAAGCAUACUAGGAAAGCUACUCUUUGCCAUAUCAUUUUUGCUCACCGAAAUACACGAAUCUCUGU